AUGGCAAUCAGAACCGCCCAAAACAACCAAGCAAUUCACUUCCGCAGCCUCCACACCCCAGGGAAACCAAUACUCCUCACCAAUGUAUACGACGCAGCAACAGCAUCUCUGAUAGCAAGCCAUCCCUCUACAAAAGCAAUCGCAACAGCAAGUUACGCCAUCGCAGCCUCACAAGGCAUCUCCGAUGACGCUCUGACACUACCACGGAACCUAGCUGCCGUGCGGUCCAUCGCAGCUGUCUUAAAGUCCAGCGAUAUCUCUGAUACCGAAAAAUUGGCUGGAACAGUCACUAAAUUUCCCCUGACCGUCGACGUGCAAGACGGAUAUGCAGAUGUCGCCGAGACGAUCAAGGAAGUCAUCAAUCUGGGAGCAGUAGGCUGCAAUAUCGAAGAUCUAGAUGCCACCGGCCAGCUACGGCCUUUAUCGGAGGCUGUGGCACGGAUUGAGCUGGCGGUCCGGACGGCGACGGAGCUCGGUGUUCCCGACUUUGUGAUCAAUGCGAGAACGGAUGUCUUGGGUAGUAACCCUGGUGGGAAACCGGGAUCUAUUGAAGACGCUAUUGAGAGGGGCAAGGCUUAUCUGAGGGCUGGUGCUUGCACUGUGUUUGUGUGGGGAGGGGCAGGUGGGAGGGGUGUGUCUAGGGAGGAGAUUAAAGAAUUGGUUGCUGCUUUCCAAGGGAAGCUGAAUGUUAAGCUGGUGCUGCGGGAUGGGUUUUUGACGGUGCCGGAGGUGAAAGAGCUGGGGGUUGCGAGGAUUAGUCUGGGGCCUGAGUUGUAUCGAGCUGCGAUGAGCGGGUUUAAGGAAAAGGCUGACAUGGUGUUGGCAUUUGAUAACCCUACUCAGCCAUUUUGGCGCACAGAACCACAUCCGUUAGAUGAAUGUCGAAGCACAGAAGCUCUUCCAGAACAGAGCGAUAUAGUUAUUGUAGGAGCAGGGUAUUCUGGUGUUAGCAUUGCAUAUCACCUUCUAAAGCAUCUGGGCCAACACGAUAAGCUUCACCCCGCUAUUACGAUUCUCGAAGCAAGACAGAUUUGCUCGGGUGCAACUGGUCGGAAUGGUGGCCAUCUACGACCUGAUUUGUAUGAUCGCAUCCCAGCAUAUAUCGAGAGACAUGGAGUGGAUGCUGCAGCCGAGGUAGCCAACUUUGAACUGAGCCAUAUAAAAGCAUUCAAAGACCUUGCAGAAGAAAAUAUCGACUGUGAUUUCAACAUCACUCGUUGUGUGAACGUUUACUUGGAUGAAGCGGCGGGAGAGCGGGCAAAGAAGAAAUACGAAGCCCUAGUGUCGCGAGGUCUGGCAUUUGCUGAUGAUGUACAUUAUACAUCAUCAAAGAACGCUGAAGGGUUCUCUGGCGUCAAGGGUGCUAAGGCGUGCCUCUCGUAUACAUCGGGUACCUUAUGGCCCUAUAAGCUUAUACUGGGUCUUCUUUCAAAGAUCGCGGACUUGCCUGCCGUCAAUGUGCAAACAUUUACCCCCGUUACCUCCAUAUCAUCUGAUGACUCCGGCCAUAUUGUUAACACUCCGCGGGGAUCAAUCCGCACAUCUAAGGUUGUCUAUGCCUCGAAUGCGUACACCUCCGCACUGUUACCUGAAUAUUCGGCCAAUAUAGUUCCAUGUCGUGGAAUAUGUUGUCAUAUUGCCCUCCCAGAAGGCAAGACUGCGCCAUUCUUGCCAUAUUCAUACGCAAUUGGCACGAAGACCGGUAAAAGCGGUGGCAGCUACCUGAUCUCGAGGCCCGACGGAAGCAUCAUCGUCGGAGGUGCCCAGUAUACUUUCAUAGACCAAAAAGAGCAGUGGUAUGGGGUGGUCGACGACAGUACGUUGAUCGAGCCAACCAAGGAUUAUUACAACGACUUUAUGCAGCGCACAUUCAAAGGCUGGGAAGAUAGCGGCGCCUACGUGAGGGAAAUAUGGACAGGGAUCAUGGGAUAUUCAUAUGAUACGAGCCCUCAUGUGGGGGAAAUCCCUGGUAGAUCUGGGCAAUACAUUUGUGCUGGGUUUGACGGACACGGCAUGCCUGUGAUCUUCUUGGCCGCUAAAGGACUCGCGGAUAUGAUUCAUAAUGGUAAGAGCUUCGAAGAUGUGGGCUUACCUCGACUCUACAAGUCAACAAUCGAGAGGAUAACGAGUGCACGAGAUGGACCAGAAGGAGGUGAUAUACUCAAUUAG